UCUCAUAGCAUAUUUUAACCCAAGAGAGGCGACGAUAAAGAUGGAACCUGAAGUCAACAAUAGUAUGGAACCUUUUUUCGACGUUCCAAAACAAUUCUUAUUGGAAGAAAUGAAAAACAUAGAAAAUUCUAGUGUUGAAUCUAAUGAAUGCUUGGAGAUUUUAAAUGAAAUAAUUCACGAAGAUAUGGGCAUAAAUCCAUUUGACACGGACUCUAAUAGAUAUAUAAAAAUAAAAUUUGCCAGAAUUGAUUAUGUCAAUCUAAAAAUAGAAUUUCAUUGUAUUUGGGUUAGAAUGCCAGUGUUUAUAAAAAAUACUACAUUAACAACAGAACUCCCAUUUCUUGAAAAUGCAAAAUUCAUAGAACUAUCAUUGUGGGCAAAAGUAGGGACUGACACUUUCAUACCUCUAACAUCCAUCACACAAAUCGAAUUUAAUCAAAAACAACAGUUUAAUCUCGUUUUUCUUAAUACCACACAAGAUGGUGAGACAAGUGGCGUGUUAAAAGAAGCCCAUUCAGCACUUGAAACUUCUAUAACACACGUAGUUACAAAUAAGCUCAAAUAUGCAGAAAUAGUAACCACUGACAUGGUUGUGACACGUAUGGAAAACGAAAGUCAAGUUAAGUGUUGUAUUCAGUUUAAGAGGUCUACUGAUUUACCGAAACUAGAUACCGAAACUAUAGAACUAGAAAAAGAAAAAGAAUCAGAACGGAACAAACGCUUAGUAGUUCCAUUCACAAUGCAGUUACGUCCUCGUAAGAACACAUAUCUGAUACCAACAUGUCGUUACUGUGCUUCUGCUUCCAGUGCGUAUAGAGAAAGAAUUGAUGAGUUAUAUCGUAAAGAAGAAAUGAUCAUCACAUUAAAUGAGUCUUUACAUUUCGAUAAAAUGGGCGUAGGUGAAGAGUACUAUAAUCCAAAAAACAUUAUACCGACGGUAAUCUUACGCAAGGGCAGAAAAUUCAAUCCAAACUGCACUCUCUGCAUAUAUAAGUCUAUACUCAAAGUUCCUAUUAAAAGAAUCUACAAAAGAAGUACAAAAAAAAAUUUGAAUAAAAGAGUAAAGUUAUCAAGUUCACCUACAUUGACCAUAAAGUCAAUUCAAGAAAAGAGUGAACCGCUUUUGGUAAAUAGCUCUAAUUCAGAAGUCCCUUCAAUUGACUCUAAUUUGGAAGAUAAUUCUGUAAUCAAGCGCGUAAAAAGAGGCCGACCGAGAACACGUGGUAAGAAGCAAUUGAAGAAUGGAAAACGAUUGUUACAAGCACAUAAUAUAACUGAUAAUGUUACUCGAGCAGCAAAACGAGCUGCACCAUCACGUUCUUUAUUAAAAAGGACAGUGGCCAGUAUAACACAAAAUAUAGAAAAAACUGUUCAAAAUUCUGGACCAGUGGUCAUACCAAAUAUUGCAUCUAAUAUAUCAACCAUAGAGUGUUCUUACAAUGGUAAAAUACAAAAUAUAGAGCAAAAUUUUGAAACUUUGCAAAUAGAAAACACUACAGAAGAUAAAAUGGAAAAUGAUAUCUCAAUCAGUGAAAAUUUUUCCGAUUCAUCUCCCAUUUGCGUUAAAGAUUUGCAAAAAAAGUUGACUGAAAUAACUAUCAAGACUAUAUUUGCUCCAGUAAAAAAAUCCAUACCGUACCAAGCAUUACGUUCAGAGGAAAAAAAAUUAAAAGAAGCAGAAAAACGAGUGAAAACAAAUAAAGAAGAACAGUCAAAAUACUCACCAUGGAAUGUUUCGACUAUAUCUGAUGAUCAGAACACUUACGAAAUGUACUCAAAAAAGAAUAUUGCAGAACAUAUUUCAAUAGAUUCCACAAAUACCGACACAAACUCGAAAAUAAACUCAAUGCAAAAUGGGUCUAUUUUCUCCACUCAACCGAUAUCUGCAGUAGCUACAACACAAAACGUCGUACCAAAAUUCUUAGAGAACUUAACAGUCAUAAAUUCUACACCGUCAGUAAAGGCACAGCAGGUUGUUAAAAACAAUGCUUCCAUCUCAAAAAGACCAUGUACUUAUACACCAAAAGUUUCAAAUAAAAAAAACAAAUCAUAUAGUAAUAAACACGAAAUCGCUUCCAUACUAGCUUCAAAGAAUCCACAACGAAUUACUGCAACAGAAUCUUCUACACAGUCAAAGAAAGGACCAAUUUUUAUAUCUGUCACUCCAGUAUCAGGUCAACAAUGUAAGUUACCGGCAAAAAACUGUAUGCAGACGAAACCACUUGUGUCAAUUUCGCCAAUAAAUUCGACUAUAAGUAUUGAACAUAAUGAUUCUCAACUAGGAAAAAAGAAUAAAUUAAAAUCUACUACAACAGUAACUCGAGUAAAAGCAGUACCACGUCUUUCAAAAUCUUCUACCUUGAGCUACAGUAAAAGGACAAAACAUUAAGCCAACGCAAGUUUCUAUAAAAUCACGACCAACAUCACGAUCAAUAAUUUUACAUACUAACACAUUCAAAUCACAGACAAAAGAAGGAGUUAUUACUACCAUUACUGCGCCAGUUAAACAACAACACUGACAACUACUACUCGUCCAUACGAGUACAAUCAGUGAGCAUAAUACCAAAAAAAUGUUCAAAUGUAGACGUGACUAUUAGGAUUUUAAAAAAUCAAUCAGUAAGUAAAACGUUCAAGACAUCAACUCCCUUAAACAGAAAUGGUGAUAAUUAGGAGCAAUUGCAUCGCAUGUAUAAAAAAUAGCAAUCAAAACUUGGUACAACAUCACCGAAGACUGCCCUACAAAUUUCAAAACAAACCAGAUAAAUGAUACUUCGAGUCCCAUAGCAAAUGUCAAAUAAUUUUAGACAAGGUCUAGCCACUGUCUCUACAUUAUCACCGCAACAAUUGAAUUCCGUGACAAUUAACAACCAAUCCCGAGUCUCUCUAAUUAAUUCAACACGUUCCAAUCACAUGGAAGAAACUAAAAUAGAAUGAACAAAAGGAAUCUCCAUAACAUGAAGUAAAUACUCUGAGCACCUUACACCCCAUCGAUAUAACAACCGAUGUGACUUCUUCAACAUUUAGUCCGGAUUGCAGUUUGUAUUCCUAAACACAAUUAUUUACUUAUGUUAUAGUUCAAAUAGAUAAGUUAAAUAGUUAAGUUAAAGAUUUCAAGAUCUGAUUUGUUGAAUGAGUUACUGAAAUAUCACAGCCCUUAGAGUGAAUUUCGAGAGACUCAUAUGAGUUAAUUGCAGAACAUCAACUUAUGAAAGAUUAUUUCUUAGUGUAUUUGCUACGUGAACACCAGUGAUUGUUGUAAUGUGUGUUGGUCCAUCAUUCGCUAAUAGAUCAUAGUUGGUGAGUGGCUCCUGGAAACCUGACCUAUUCUUUAUAUCAAAAACUUGUUAAAUAGUAAACUAUUCACUAGCUAUUGAAGCGCAUUGGUUGUUGUAUGGAUAACAAAUUUUAUAGAAGUAUAGAUUAAACUUAUGUGAAGGAAACUCGACAAAUGCGGCACGAUAAAUACGUGUCGACGACUGCCCCUAUUAAC